ACCGGUUCUGUUCUUGGCUGUUUCUGGGCUGGCUCCAGCCUCCCUCCUUUGGGGCACCGUCAUGCCCUCACGCAGUGACUCGAGCUACUCGCUGACCGGACGCACGUCCCGCAGUUUCACUCACCUGCGCGUCCGGCGCGCCUGGCUGCAGAUCCUCCUCCUCCUCGGCUUCAUCCAGAUGAUCCUGGGCGUUCUGAUCGUGACGCUGAGUCUGCUGGUCACCACCAACAUGCCCUCUCACCACCCCAUUCGGAGUUCUUGUCCUAUCUGGGCUGGCUUUCCGUUGGCGUUCUCCGGAGUCGUUGGCAUAGUAUCCUGGAGACGCCCUUUCACCCCUGUGAUCACCUUCUUCACGCUCCUCUCCGUGCUAGGAGUCAUGCUUAGCCUGGCUGGCUCCAUCCUCUCCUGCCAAUACGCCCAGCAGGUGAAGUCCCUGGAGGCUUGCGAGCGGAGCAACUUCUUAUACAAGAAGUGCAUUUACUCCUCCUCAGAACCUGGGUUUCCUCCCUGCAGAAAUAAUUCAGAGCCAGAUCCAAAUUGUACCAGAGUCCUUCUAGUCCUCAAGGACCUGCUCUUCAGCGUUUGCGGCCUGACCAUUUUCGCCAUCAUGGUGUGCACUCUCUCCGCCAUCAUGUGCUGCAUCCAGAUCUUUUCUUUGGACAUUCUCCACGCGCUCUCUCCGCCACGUUCCAGCUCCGUGACGUUGGACUGCACCUCUCCCCCGGACACUUACUUACACCAUAUGCUGGACCUGGACGAGUUUGUACCUCCGGUACCACCGCCACCCUAUUACCCCCCAGAGUACACCUGCAGUUCUGAGACUGAUGCCCAAAGCAUUACCUACAACGGUUCCAUGGACAGCCCUGUGCCGCUGUACCCCACCGACUUCCCUCCCAGUUAUGAGGCCGUCAUGGGACUUCACGGGGACAGCCAGGUGACGCUGUUUGACUCUCAGUUCACGGACACCUCGCACGGCCCCUGCUCCUGCAACCAGGUCCCUUCCGUCGUGCUCAGUGGCGAAGCGGUUUCCAUGGACAGUGGCUCCUUAAUUAUGUCGGAGAUUGUAGACAUCCCGGGCGAGAGCAGCCCGUCCGAGGACUCGUGCCUGCUGGAUGCGAGCGGGUCAGCUUGCUCGGUGGACUACGUGCUGUUCCGCUCCAUCCAGCGUAGCCGGGCUGAUUACUGCCUGAGUGUGGAUUGUGGCCAGUGCGGCCUGCACCCCCAGGGGCCCUUUGAGGAGACGCCGCAGGUGCGCCUCCGCGGGGAGCGCUCCUACUCCUGCUCGACGCCUGGCACGGGCUACGAGGGCUUGCUGGAAACCGGCAGUGCCCAUACCCACAGCUGCCACCGCCUGGAAGGCCUGGGCCACAGCGUAGGGCCCUGCUUCCCUGAGGUGCGCGUGAAGGCCAAGACUUCGCUUCCGGGGCGCAAAGGCCCUGGGCGGCAGCCGCGCCGGAGCAGCGAAGCUUCCUGCCGCCUGCCCUCAGUCCAGUGUCCCCUGCAGCGCUCUCACAGUGAUCCUGGAAUUAGCACAGCCAGCGACACCGAAAGCGACUUCCAAGAAGUAUUCUGCACCAAGGUGUCGGACGAUGGCGGAUCCAACUCCUCAGCAGGUACAGGGGAGGGGAGGGGUUGCCCGGGGGAGUGUUUACAGGCUGGCGUUCUGCUUCCGUCGCUCCGCGGGCCACCCUCUGUCGCUCCGCCAGCAGGGAAGGCCAAGCUGGAGGUGCCGCGGAAGGUGCCGCAGCACCUGUCCAAGACCGCCACACGCUCCCUAGGGGACCUGAAGGUGUGCCGCGGGACACGCGGGCUCAUGGCCCGCUUUCUGCACAGAUCCAAGCGCAACCUGGUUUUGGCGGGGGCAGAAACGGCCGGCCGCGGCAGCAGCGCUCGGGGCCGCAAACAGGUGUCGAGGAUGGGGGUUGAACGGUGCCCUCCGGAGGGCAUGCACCUCCAGAGCUGCGGCGACCUAAGCUCUACCUCUUCCUUGCGCCGCCUCCUCUCGGGUCGGCGGCUGGAGCGACGGCGCCCCCACAGCCUUAGCGGACUCAUCAGGGAAAGCAACCUGUAAGGAGCUGCUUGGGAGGGGCCCUUUCCACUGUCCGACGUUGCGGCUUCUUCACGGUGGUGGCCUUGGAUCGGAACAGCCUGGAAGAACUGGACCGCAGC